AUGCCGCGUAAGCGUCACGUCAAAAAUUCUAAGAAUGUCAACAGUAGUCCAAAAGCAUCUGAUGAACAAGAAGUAGCAACCCAAUCCAUCACUGCAGAUAAGGAAAGCACCAGUGAAGAUGGUGAUUCAAAUGUUACCUACUUCGUCGAUGAAGAUGGCUGUUACUACUUUCAAGCGGCGGCCAAAGAGAAUGACAAUGCAACUGUGUCUCUUGUGCAGGCCAACGAUCUUCAGGUCAAUACAGAAUAUCAAACUGUUGCACUUCUACCAGCCGAGUCAGAGUCCGGUGAAGUCAGUUACGUCUUGGUGGUCCAAGAUGAUAAUCCACCUGCAAUGGACAUUAAUAUAAAGGUAGAGAAAACGAAUGAUGUGUACACAUUCGAAGAGGAAGAAGAAGAAGAAAACUCUGGAGAUAAAUCUGAAGAUCAGGCAGACCCUUUGGUCAAGAAGCGGAAGAGUAAAUCGUCUCUACAAAACUUCAACUGCAGUUUCUGCAGCUAUGUCAGUCACAGAAGGUAUCUCCUCCUACGCCACAUGAAAUCGCAUUCUGAAGAACGACCAUACAAGUGCACUGUAUGCGACCGAGGCUUCAAGACUCACAUAUCACUGCAGAACCACAUGAAUAUGCAUAACGGUGUCAAACCGCAUAUAUGCAAGUAUUGUACCACGGCCUUCACCACAUCAGGUGAGCUGGUAAGACACGUUCGCUACAAGCACACACACGAGAAACCUCAUCGUUGUUCUGAAUGCGACUAUGCCUCGGUUGAGUUGUCGAAGUUGAGGCGGCAUCUUCGCUGUCAUACGGGGGAACGACCAUACCAAUGUCCGCACUGUACUUACGCGUCGCCCGAUACCUUCAAGCUGAAGAGACACCUGCGGACGCACACGGGCGAGAAGCCGUACAAAUGCGACUAUUGUAACAUGUGCUUCACUCAGUCCAACACGCUUAAGGCCCACAAACUUAUACAUAAUUUGACCGAUAAGCCCGUGUACGCGUGUGAGCUCUGCCCAGCCAAAUGCGGUCGCAAGACAGAUCUGCGUAUCCACGUGCAAAAACUUCACACUUCCGACAAACCGCUUAAGUGUAAACGCUGUGGAAAGACCUUCCCCGACCGCUACUCGUGCAAAGUGCAUAAUAAGACCCACGAGGGAGAGAAGUGCUACAAGUGUGAUCACUGUCCAUAUGCCUCGACCACUCUACGUCACCUCAAGUCGCACAUGCUGAAACAUACAGACGAGAAGCCAUUUGUCUGCGAUCAGUGUAACCAAAGCUUUAGACAGAAGCAACUUCUUCGUCGCCAUCAGAACCUGUACCACAAUCCGAACUACGCUCCGAAACCACCCAAGGAGAAAACGCAUUCUUGCCACGAGUGCGAUAGGACUUUCGCCCAUAAAGGUAAUCUUAUUCGUCAUUUGGCCAUUCACGACCCCGACUCUGGCCACAAGGAACAGGCCCUCGCUCUGAAGCUUGGAAGACAGAAGAAAGUGAAGAACCAUUCGAAUGUGAGGCUAGUGGAGACAGCGGAAGACGACGAUGUCCUGGAGCUACAGCUCAACGAUGAAGAGAAGCAAGGCGAGAUGGUUGCGACUGUACCCGGGGAAGACGGCCAGCAGUACGUGGUGUUCAAGCUGUUGGAAAUGAGCGACGGCAGCGAGCAGCAAGUGUGCGUCAUGGCGCCUGAAGAAGUUCAAGUGAUGGAGCAAGACGAAGAAGAAGAGGAUGUCAAGGAUUCCAAGAUUGGGAAGAUAAAAGUGAAGGACAUGAGGGCGGUGAAGCAGCAGCCACAAAGCAUAAGAGUUGAGAAAGAUCUCGAUACUUGCUUCGGAUUUGAUGAAGAAGAAGAGGAAGAACCCCUAUGGUACGAAGGUGACGGACGUUCACGAGAGAAGACGAAAUAUCCGGUAGACCCCAUGUUGGACAUAAAGUUAAUGAAAUCGUCGGACGAAGAAGAGGACGACGAUACACACCAAAUGAGGGACGCGGAAGAGGAAGAGGAAGAAAUGGUUCUACGCUACGAGGAUUCCGAGGAAGAAAUGGUUCUACGCUACGAAGAGGAUUCCGACGAAGAAAACGUGGUCUUGCACUAUGAAGUUUCGGAUGUGGCGACGGCGACGACUAGCAAAUAG